AGUAUCCGACCAGCCGCUGUCAUUCCAAAGGGGUUGGCUCCACCAACCUAUAGCAGAUUUGUGCCAACCUUCUGUGGAGCUCCCAAUGCUUUCAGCAUUCAGCUGUUUUGUAUUGCUGAACAGUACGAGAUGAGGUCUUGUGAUUUCUUGCCGCAAGCAUUUGCUCUGUUCCCAGACAGAGAUUACUGCAUCAUUACGUUACCUCACAUGGUACCAGAGUUUCCACUCAUCCAAAACUUUGUGAGGGUGACACCAAAAUGCCCCAGCAUACUGCCACAAGAGCUUUACGUAUUCCAUCGAUCCGGACUUUUGAAGAACUUUAAAGUUCGGACUGCUUGCAGCAGUGAUUAUGAACAUGUGGAGAAACUGGUAGAAACCAUUAAUUUCAAGGAAAACCUGUUAGCAGAUCUACAGCAGUUCCACAGAGCCAGGAGGGAUCCAACUGGAGUUGAGAUACAGGCUUUUGUUGCAGAGUGCCUAAAUCAGGUGGUUGGAAUAGCCAUUCUUCGAAGAGAAGAGGAUAUCGAGUACAUACGUUCACAUUAUAACAUUGAGGAGUUCAUCUACUAUAACCAUCAUCACAGAGAAGACCACGGGCACCUCAACCAUUUGGUCUUGAAUCCAGUGUUUAAUCACCUCACAAAACAUUUUAUUAAAGAAGUGCUGAGGCUUGGACACAAAACAUGCCUGUAUUAUCCUCUCUAUCCACCAUACACACCAAGAGAGAAACUUGGAAACCACUCAUUAAUCACUGGACUGAAUGUUCUUGUCCCCGUGCGAGAGCGACGCCAGAUCGACUAUCCUGUGGAGACCCUCGGCAUCAAUGGGCCAUCAGAUAAGGUCCUAAAGAAGUGUUGUCCCUAUGCUCUCAAUCACAUCAACAAGAAGCUAGUUCUGGAACCCAAG